AUGAGUAUAUUUGAUUCGGUAGUUUGGAAUGAAGUGAUUGAAGCCAGAACCUUUUUAUUCCAAGUUUGCCACAAACCAGUUCAAGAGAAAUCGUCUGUGGGACAAAUUAAGCCUGAACUUUAUAAAAAAGAACUAGUUAGGCAGGCUUCUACCGACAGCAGGGACGCCCUGGAAGAAGAAGAAGAAGACAUAAAUGUAGGAAUACCUUGUGGAAAACUACAUUUUACUCUUAAAUACGACUCUGAUGUAGAGGGACUCAUUGUCAGAGUGUUGCAGGCUCGAGACCUUCCUGCCAAGGAUCUUUCAGGAACAUCAGAUCCUUACUUAAAGCUUUACUUACUUCCUGACCGUAAGAAAAAGUUCCAGACAAGGGUUCACAGAAAAAACCUCAACCCCGUUUUUAACGAGACUUUCGUAUUUGGAGCAACGUGCAACCAGUUGAAAAGCCGAACGUUACAGUUUUCCGUUUAUGACUUUGACCGGUUUUCCAGGCAUGACUUGAUAGGUCAAGUGUUGGUUAAAGGUCUGGAGGAGAUAUGUGACAUCAACUAUGAAGUAGAGUACACCAUGGAUAUUUUAUGUGUUCCACCGGAAAAGAAGGACCUGGGAGAGAUUAUGUUAUCUUUGUGCUAUUUGCCCACAGCUGGAAGACUUACGAUCACGGUGAUUAAAGCCAGAUAUCUCAAAGCCAUGGAUAUAACUGGCUCAUCAGAUCCUUAUGUUAAAGUUUACCUCAUGUGCCAGGGAAAACGAAUAAAGAAAAAGAAAACAACGGUGAAAAAAGAAUCAUUAAAUCCCGUUUAUAAUGAGGCUUUGGUGUUUGAUGUACCUGCGGAAAACAUUGAUGACGUCAGUCUGCUUGUGAAAGUUCUGGAUUACGACAGGGUCGGGACUAACGAGAUUAUGGGAUGUUGUGCUAUUGGAAGCGGUUGUAUUGGCCUCGGACGUGAUCACUGGAUAGAAAUGAUCGAAAAUCCUCGUAAGCCCGUUGCUCAGUGGUACCCUCUAGCGGAGAAUAUGCAAGGCUAUCAAGAAGUGGAAUAAUCAAGUUCAUCAACAUGGGAUGAGCGCUAGGUGGAGUAGAAUGUCAAGGAUGAACGCUAGGUGGAGUGGAAUGUCAACAGAAUAAUCUGAAAAUGUCGUAGUAGGAUAGAGAUCGAGUUUGAUUCUUGUCUCUGUUUGUGAAGUUGUUUGUUACAGUUUGUACAGUUUGUUCGUGUCUUUUUCAAAGAUGCAUUCAAACUUGUACCAGAAAAAUGGCAACCAAUCUUUUUGAACAUGUUAAUCGUAUCAUCUAAAAUUCAUCACGAUUGUUGCUUCUGAGUUUGAAAGUAUUCGAAACAUUUUUUAUAUGAUUAAGUUCUUAGGAUCAAAGGUAAUCUAACUUCAAAUAUCAUAAUUAAAAUAACUUACGGGAAAUGUAUACAUUAAUAAAGGUGACACUGUAGAACAAGCAAGAAAAAUAUAUCCAUAUAAAUCAGCACAAUAGAAAACUAAAACCCGUGAGCUCUUACAAAUCAGCACAACAGAAAACUAAAACCCGUUAACUCUUAUA